GAGGGGAAGGCGCGGCCCCGCCGUCCCGGAGGGGGUGGCUGCAGCCCCCGCGGCGGGGCCGGGGCUCCGCGCAGGCCGGGCGGGGAGCGGGGCGCCCGGCCGCUCCGCGGGUGAGGCAUUGCCGGGCGGGAGAGGUUACACUGGUAGUACUCCUGACGUCGCUUCCCUCCUCGAUUGAGAAGUCCAGAUAGCUGCGCUUUUCAAAGGCUGCAUGAGCAAUAGUACUUGGGGUUAGAAGCGGUCAGGAGUUGUCGUGCACCGUGUGCAUUGAAGGUUUAAACAACAUCCCUUGUUAGGAACACUUCAAGAAUGAGUCCACCACAGGACAGAAGCAGAAAUUCCUGCAACAGUGAGCCUCUGGCAAAGUGCCUUCAAGCAAAGAAGGACUUGGAAACAGCUAUAUCUGGAAUUGUCAAAGCUGACCAACAGAUUAAAGAGAACUGGCGGGAGGUGAAGGCCAAGAUUCACAGCCACAUCAGCCGCCACCUGGAGUGCCUGCGCAGCCGCGAGGUGUGGCUGUUCGAGCAGGUGGAUCUCAUCCAGCAGCUAAAAGAGGAGGCACUGCAGCAGCAGGCCCAGCAGCUCUACUGGUAUUUGGGACAAUUCAAUUGCCUUAUUCAUCAGCUGGAACGCUCCUAUAGUAAGGAACUGGCAAACCAGAUUUCAGUUUGCCUGGAAAGACUGGGAAGUCUUACUCUUAAACCAGAGGAAUCAUCCAUCCUGAAUUUUGAGGCUGACACAUCUUACCUUCGCCAGGCUAUUACCUCAUUUGGUUCAAUUAAAACAAUGCAAACCUCAGAGAGAGAGAAUACUUCUCCCUGGUUCCCAGGGCAGAAUUGUGCCCUCAUGAACUGUGAGCAGCAGAAAACAUUGUGUGGAACAGUGAGUGCCUCACUUGCUGACUGGUUACUUGGAAGCAGACCUGUGGGUGUUUGCCAGGCUCCAUAUGUUCCCAGCACCAAUCUUGAGGAAUGGGUUACACAAAAAUAUGUGUCAGAGCCCAGCCAGGAUUUUAAUCCUUCCAAAGUCUGUUAUUUUGAGGAAGCCUGGGGAAAUCUAAAAGAUUUGGAAAACUGGCUCCUGCAGAAUCAACAGUGUGAUGUUGCUGGAAAGACAGACUCCCCUGGCCGCAAGGACUCCACCUCUACUUUCAGCUCAUCCUUUUCCACUAUUGAAAAGGUGGAGGAAUUGGAAUCCCUUGGCCAAGAAGAGAUGGACCUUUCUGACUGGCUGAUUACUCCUGAUGCAGAAAAUGGAAGUAGUGCUUCAGAUGAGAAAUGGAAGUAUGAAUUUAAACCUUUUAGGGAAGAAUUUAAUUUGAAUGAUUGGCUCCUCAAAGCUGAAAUGUGCACCAGUUGUUGCGGCAGCCAGAUCAAAAGUGUGGAAAUUGAGAACCUGGGAAAUCUGAAGUGCCUGAAUGAUCAUCUUGAUGGAAAGAAACCACCCACUACAGCUGCUGUAAAUGCUUGGCUGCUUCAGCAUCCCCAGGCCCCAUGUAAGGUGGAAGAUGUGUGCAAAGCUAACGAGCUGUGUGCCAGCUUUUCAGAGUGCGUGUGUGAUGAAAACUGUGGAAAAGAGGCUCUGUGUAAAUGGCUUCUGAAGAAGGAAGGGAAGGACAAAAACGGAGUUCCAGUCAGCCAGAAAGAUUUACCAAAUCCUGAGCACGAGAAGACCAAUUCUGCUGCCAACACCUGGCUUAGCCCUGCGCAGCAGCUCACAGGGGAACCCCUUAGUGCAGAGAAAGCAGAUUAUUCGGCAGAGAUCGCAGAACCCUUGAAAGUGCUGCUGGAAAGGCCUCUGACAAGCUGGCUAGCCAAGUCUGAACACAAAGCAGACAGUGCAGAAGAAAAGGCGAGUAGGGAAAAAGCAGAUAGCAGUUUCAAAAGUCCUUUCCUAGACCUCUUGGCUCCAUUCCACCUCCCCUUGAAUGUAAACAGUUGGGUGUUGGCUUCAGACAACCUGCAGAAUGCUAACCCACCUCCAGCAGAAGAUAAAUGGCUUCUACGCAAGAAAGCACAAGACUUUGGCCUUCCUACAGUUUGUGACCUUUUUGCCUGUAUGAAACUCAAUGGAGAUAAAGAAAAAUGGCUGUAUCAGACUCCUUUACAGAUGUGAACAACUGGAAGCAUCGAAAUCUUCCCCUUCCCGCUGAUCAACCGCACAUCACGUUGAGUGACUGCAGCCAGCUGAGUUCUUGUGUUCGUGUUUGGUCAUCUGCUUUUUCUUCUCAAAUUAUAACAAAAAGCAAGAUUACUCAUAUAACAGAGUUAUGGUGCAGAAGAUGCCUUUUUGUUAAGAUGAAUUCUGAAAUGUAAACCCACUGAGCAUAAGCAAUCUGAUACUAUAGAGGUGUUAGGAAUCUCCUAUCUGUUAUGGGACUACAUGAAUCUCCUUUAAUGGGUUGUCACUUGAAGUAUGUUGAAGCCAGUGCAGGUAUAAAGAGAAAUCUCUCUGGUGCUGUGACAUGUCCACCUUUGGCAGUGACUUCAAAAGUGUUGCCAUUCCUUUCAGCUGCUACAACUUUGUCAUGAGUUGGGUUCCAGCUUAACUGGGGUUGGGGUUGCAAGGCAUCUUGGGCUGUGUUUGGAAGCUAUUUCUUUUAUUAAGCAGUUGCAAAUUUUAAAGGUUUUGUUUGCAUCUUAUAUUGGUGCAUCUCCCAGCUGAGUAGGUGUAGUCCGGAUUUUGAAAAAGACAUGAAUUUAUGGAACCUGACACGUGACAGGAGAAUUGGUAACUUGGUUUUGAAUGGAAACAUGUCUUGCAAAUUGUUGAGCCAUUCAGUAGAUCAGAUCCUACCAUGUCCCCAGCAUUUAAUAACUAUUUGAAUUUCACUGAAAAAGCUGUAAGAUGAAAGGUGUACAUUUCUGCUGGUUUUAGAUAAUUCACAAUGAACUUUUAUGGACUAAACCACUAGAAAGCAGGCAUCUUAGCCACAUAAUAUUUAAAGGUAGUAUUUGGGGAAUUUGAUGCCUUCUCAUCAGAUUGAUGUCAUCCCACAAUUGGGAAAAACACUUAACUUGGCAAACUGUGUGGCUCCUACUGAUCCAUUUUAAAGAUAUUUAAGCUGUAGAUUUCCAUGUUGUUAUGCAUAUGAAAGUGGGGUUGAGUAACUGAUCCCUGUAGCUGUGGACAUAAUAGAAGCAAUACCUCUUUAGGUAUUUUAACAUUUUGAGCCCUUAGGAAAGAGUGUGGAGAUGUUAGAUGGAAAUGUGGAUCAGUGCCCGUCAGCUUGCAUGAAAAACUGUGAAGUUACAUAGUUUCUGGUGCAGCUUCUACUCACUUAACAAAUUGCUUUUAAUGACUAUAAAAAAGAGUCUCCCCUGCAGCCUGCCUGGGAAUAAAAAUUAUUUCAGUCCUUUACAACCCUGUGUAAGAGAAAAUAUUAGCAAGACCAACUGUGGUAUCGCCUUGCAGUGUGAACACAUUCUUGUCUGACAGAACCUUUGCAUUUGGUUAAAAAUAAGCUUUUAGUCUGAGAGGGGCACACUGCACAUGUGAAACCAGAUACCAAAAGGGCUUGACAACAGUGGUCUACUUGAGGCUCUCUUUGUUGGGGCUUUCUGCUGAAAGCAAAAAGAUCUCUUUGAAGUUCACUUCCCCCUUUGAACAUGUCCUUUUUGCUGCAUGGGUAGACUGCACUGUGACUAACUCCAAUCAUAGCCUAAUUUGAUUAGUGCUUGAACUUAAGAAAGUUGACUGAUGUGCAGCCCACCUCUUAAAAUUAAUUCCUUGUAGACGUCACUGUGUGCUAUUUGUCAGUUCCUUACAAGCCCUUUAAAACUCUGGGGUGUGUAUUCCUUUACUUACUCAACUGUCUUAUCACCCAUUGAUAUUUAUGUAAAAUGUUGAUUAGUUUUUUCCAUUAAAAAAUAAUUGCAGCCAAA